CUGGAGCUCUGUGCUUUUUCUCCCAGACAGGAUCUGCAGAAUAAUGGAGUCGCAUCACACAGCAGCUCUCAGUGUCUUCAGCACAGCAGACUUCACACUGGAGCUCAUUUAAACCCGGGAUGUAUAAAUUACUCUAAAGUUUUCUCGACUUUUCACCUUUUUUUUAAUAUACAGCACAAGGUCUUCUUUCAUACGUUUUUCUGCGUCAUUUAUUUUUAUGUCGUCUGACCUUUCCCGUGUUUUUAUGUUUAUCUGAGGGGGAUUCACAGACCCACCAUGGUCUCUCCUACAUAAAUCAACUUUUUUUUCCUAUGACUGCAGGCUGCUCCGUGUUUACCUAUAUGAAGGGAUGGGAGGAUCUCACUUGGUCUUGCAGAAGGCUGUAACUAGAUUUUUUGGGAGCGGGCAUGGACCAGUGCGGUGCUCCGUGCACAGAUGGGCGUUGUGGAGGUAAACGCAGCCUCGGAUGAAGUGAGCAGCUCCGGUUCUUCUGUUUUCGGGCUGUGCGUCAUGGGCUGAGCUCCUGCGAUGACCCUUUUCUCCGUAAAGCUGUUUUGAGUUAUCCGAGGAUGGACGACGGAGACGGAUAAAGACUUAUCGGACAGACAGAGUUCAAAUAUCUUCACCUUUACCCGAGGAAACUGCGCGCGCACGGAGGCGCACCGGAGCCUUGGAGCGCACCAGACUGGAGCUGGAGCGUCAGACAGAUUUCUCUCAAUCCGAGGUUGUUACAGUGGAGUUUGGUUGUUGAGUUGAGUUUUAUAGAUAGAUAGAUAUAUCUUCAAGUAGUGGUUUUAUAAAGACAUUUCCCUCUAGAUCUGUUCAAUUAAAUGAGUCUAAAUAAUACAUGACCAUGCGUCUUUGUGCGUCUGGAGUUAAAAUAGACGGUCCCGUGAUUGGACAUUGUUAUAAAAUGACUUCAGCAGAAUAAAUGAUGUGGUUUUAGUUGGUUUGACCGGGACACGCUGUUACAGUUGGAUACUUGGCUUCGGGUUCAUUGGUUUAACCCUCAGGUGUAAAUGUUAAAUCAUUUUACGCACACUUCACUUCGUGUUUGGCUUUGAGGCUCCGCUCAGUUUGACCCCACCAGAGACCCUCGUCUCCUCCACCCUCCACCAUGUGGCUCCCCCGCCUUGCGCUGCUGCUGCUGCUCCGGUUCUCCGGUGUGUCGCCGGUGGACGGACUCAACACGUGUCAGACCAUAAACCUGGACGCGCAGAAGUCGCGGCGCAUCCAGGCCGUGCGCGGACAGAUCCUCAGCAAGCUCCGCAUCCGCAGCCCGCCGGACGACGACGACGAGCAGCCGCCGCCGCGCCCGGUGCCACCGGAGGUCAUGCUGCUGUACAACAGCACGCGGGAGCUGCUCAAGGAGCGUGCGCGUCUGGCCGAGUCCACGUGCGAGCGCGAGAGCAGCGAGGAGGAUUAUUACGCCAAAGAGGUUCAGAGGAUCGACAUGAAGCCUCCACAUGCUACUGACACAAACGCAGUGCAGCCGGACGCACCCAACCCCCACCACAGAGUCGUGCACUUCGACGUGAGUGGAGUCGACCUGACCAACAGCACCCUGGUUAUCGCUGAGUUCAGGAUCUUCAGAGCUCCCAACCCGCAGGCCCGGGCCUCAGAGCAGAGAGUGGAGAUCUAUCAGCUGCUGAAGCCCGAUGAGGACAGCACCUCCACUCAACGUUACAUCGACUCCCGCACCGUUCAGCCCAGGGCCAAGGGAUCCUGGAUCUCUGUGGACGUCACAGAGACCAUUAAGGACUGGUUAUCAGACACAGAGAACAAUCUGGGCCUGAAGCUGGGCGUCCACUGUCCCUGCUGCACCUUCGUCCCGUCCACCAACAACAUCGUUCCCAACAAGAGUGAGGAGCUGGAGGCCCUGUUUGCAGGUGUUGAUGACGAGCAGCUUCGCCAGUUCAGAAAACCCGGUCAGGUCAAAGGUCAGGCGGAUUUCAGCUCCAAGACGCCACACCUCAUCCUCACCCUGCUGCCCAGUGACAGAGUCGACAACCCGACCAAGAAGAACCGCAAGAAGAGGGCGGCCGCCACAGAGACCACAACCUGCUCCCGUGGCUCAGACCAGGGCUGCUGCUUGCGCUCGCUCUACAUCGACUUCAGGCGUGACCUCAACUGGAAGUGGAUCCAUGAGCCCAAAGGUUACAAAGCCAACUUCUGUGCCGGCAACUGUCCUUACCUCUGGAGUGCCAACAACCACUACAACAUGAUCCUGCCCCUGUACAACAAGCUGAACCCUGAGGCCUCCGCCUCGCCCUGCUGCGUCCCUCAGGACCUGGAGCCGCUCACCAUCAUGUACUUCAUCGGCCGCACACCUCGUGUUGAGCAACUCUCCAACAUGGUCGUCAGGUCCUGCAAGUGCCGCUGAGGGAGGAGAGCUCGGAGAUAGAGGUCAGGGGGGGCAGACAGGAGAGGAAUGAUUACUGGACUAAAAAAAACAUCAACAAACUGCUUCGCUCGGGGGGAAAUAACAGACGAGGACAGACGGAUGGAUCCUGUGUUCAUUAAUCUAGUUUGAUAGACUUUAGCAGACUUUUUCCAAAUACCUGGAUUUUUUUCUCCAUUUCUUUUCAGGCUUGAGAACGUAUCAGAUCAUUUUACUUCAUUUUCUGGAACUUUCCAUCUGAUAUAGGACACUGUAAAUAUGACACAUAACUCUAUUAAAUCUGUAUUUGGACAUCAAAAACAGGCUGUUGUGUGAUUUGGCUACAUUUGCUGCUGCAUAAGAAAGAACCUUUUUAUCAGGAUUUUGAUUUCACCUCGGUUGUGUUGCUGCGGCCGUGGGCAGCCAGACAUGUGCUUGUUUGCUUUAGGUUUCAAGGUGUUGAUUGGGAGGAGGCGUCGUGGAAAGGUUUUUGCAGACGGAGAUCUUUAGGCGAGGGAGGCAGGCAGCAGAUAGAAAAGAGAGAGAGGAGCUGUGUCCAGGCAGAGGCCCUGCCAGCCCUCUGCGGUCCCGGGCUGAAAUCUGCCCGGCGUAAACAGGAUGUGAAAGGUUUCCAGACACCGAGCCGACCACUCACGGAACGCUACAUUUAAAUGCUCCCCUCAUCUCCUCUGUCUCUCACUCCCUCUCUCUCUCUUGCUGCUGCUGCUCGAGGUUCUGGGAUUUGUGGUGGGAGGAGAGACAGAGAAAUAGAGGCUUUGAAAAUGAGACGUGGGAUGAUAGGGCUGCAUUUGGAAUGGCUACAAGUUUGGAAGGUGGUAUUUUGCAGCCUUAGCAAAUUUGUAACUGUUUGGGUCGGGCUCAAAAAUUCUGUAAUCACACACUCUGCUCAUUUUCUCAAUGUAUGUUUAUUAUCUUAUUGUAAAAAGCUGUUGACUCAUAGCUGUUCUUAUGCUAUGAUUAUAUUCUGUCAUACCUAUGUUUAUCAUCAAUCUCUCUGAUAAACACACACACACACACACACACACACAAAAACACAGGCACACACCCAAGUAUCCACAUCGACCACUUUUGAUAGAAUGUCUAAAUGCUGAAAAUAAAAAACAUCCCCAGGGCUCAUUUUAAAAAUAGGGCCUCUGGUAUGCAAGUGGUUUGUGUGCGUGUGUGUACAAGAUGUGUGUGUCUGUAUGUGUCUGAGUGUAUCUAAGUGUGCGCGUGCUUGUGGCUGGUGAGGUCAUGCGCGAUAGCUCAGAAAAUAUCCCCUGUAUUUUAUUGUGUAUUGUGUUGUAUGUAUUUUAGAUCUUGAGGAGUGUGUGUUUGUGUGUGUGUGUGUGUGUGUGUGUAUGCUUGCACGAAUAUCUUUGUGAGGACCAUGUUGAGAAUAGACCUUACAGAGUGAGGACAUUUUGGGUGGUCCUCACUUUUCAAAGAGCUGUUUGAGAGAUAUGACUUUGUUAGAACUGAUAUUACUUAGUCAGGGUUAGGCAUUUCGUUGCAAAGGUUACUGUAGGGGUAUAGGGAAUGCAUUCUGUCAAUGAGUGUCCUCACUAAGAUAGAAGACAAAUAAAAGCGUGUGUUUGGUUCAGGUAUUUCUCAUGUUGUGUGGACCUACAUCUGUUAUCACACAUUAUGGGGACUUGUCUUCCUUUAUAGGUGAAUGUAUGUUUUUAAGUUGAGGCUGAGGUUAAACUUUAAAUUUGGGUUAAGAUUCAGGGUAAGGGUUAGGUUUAGGCAAGUAGUAACGCUUAGAGUAAGUCAGAGCAAUUAAAUAAAGAACACAACUCUCUGUGUGUGUGUGGGGGGGGGGGAUAUCUAUCUAUAGGUAUGAAGGCCAAGUUUGGUCCUAUACCAUCAUUCUGAGGACAUUUUCACGUUGUGAGGACAUUUUGGCUGUUCCUCACAAAUUAAAUUGGCUUUUUGAAGGUUAAGACUUGGUUUUAGGGUUAGGGUUAGAAUUCGGUUUAGGUUAGGGUUAGGCAUUUAGUUGUGAUAAUUAGGGUUAGGGUAAGGGGCUAGGGAAUGCUUUAUGUCAAUGAGAAAUUUCACAACUAUAUAGAGAUACACAUAUGUGUGUGUGUGUGUGUGGAUAGUGAAGUUUGAGCUGAAAAGGAAGCAGCCCAGUCUGACUAAUACUUGGUCAUCAAAAGGGCAUCCAGUUGUGGAUCUAUUAACAGACUCUGUGGUUUUCAUGCAAUUAGUCAAAUGAUUGCGCAGCCACAUAAAAUACUGGGUUCUGAUUGGCUGCCAAGUGCUUGUUAAAGUAACGUGAACGUCUCAAAUAUCGAAAUAACAACAAAGUUAAAUACUCAAAGUGCGUUAAAGGGUUAGGUAACACAUUUUCUCAUUUAACUCUAAUAACAUAAUUAUGGUUUGUUUCAUAUUCAGUGGAGGUAAAUGGGAUUAUUUUUAAUACAUUCUUGUAACAGUUUCAAUGAAAAGUGUUAGAGUUAGAUAUUCAAAUCAUGUUUCUGCAGAGACUCCAGGAAUUUCACAGUGAUGUUAACACAACAAACAAAA